AUGUCUCAGGAAAUUAUCAAGAAGGGUUGUCAGUCUUAUACCUUUAAAGAGAAAGCCAAUGUCGUUCAGUAUGCUCUUCAUGAAAGCAAUCUUAGGUCCACUACCAAGUUUGGUUUAGAUAAGACUCAAGUUGGUCUUUGGGUAAUGAAAUUAAAGGAUAAACUUAAUGAGAUUGAUCAUAGCAAAUCUUGUCAUCUUGAAGGUAGUGGUAGAGAAAGGUUUUUUCCUGAUAAAGAAGCACAGCUUUAUAGGUGGAUGUCUGAAAUGAAGGAUAGUGAGAUAUAUUAUAAUGAAAUUCUUGAUAAUACUAAUGAAGCUUAUGAAAAUAAUCCUGAUAUAGAUUCUGAUGAUUCAGGUGAAAAUGAGGAAGAUUUUGAGUAUAAAGAAAAUCAUGAUGCAACAAUUGAAGAAAAUGAGGAUGUUCUUCUUUUUACAAUAGAUUAA